GACACUACAGCUUGUUGUAGUCAGGCAGACCUGGGAGCUUCUGGAGGGCCGAUACAACGGAUUUUCAUCUUCCAGAAGGAAAAUCUGGAUUCAGUUAAACAAGCCGGGUAGCUCACAGCUGAAAUAUUCUCCUUCGUCUUUGGGUUUAUUGCUGUGUAAAGUCCUACUUGGUGUCAGUAUUGAGCCGAGAGGGGCUAACUUGUAGCUGCCUCAGAGCUGUAUGUGCGGUAACAACAUGUCAACUCCUCUACCUGCCAUAGUGCCUGCUGUCCGGAAAGCAACCGCGGCGGUCAUUUUUCUGCAUGGCCUUGGUGAUACCGGGCAUGGCUGGGCAGAGGAAUUCGCGGGCAUCAGAACACCUCAUGUGAAAUAUAUAUUUCCUCAUGCUCCCACCAUGCCAGUUUCUCUGAACAUGAGGAUGUCCAUGCCUUCCUGGUUUGAUAUCUACUCUCUGAGCCCAGAUGCAGAAGAGGACGAGGCUGGCAUCAAGAGCGCUUCAAAGAACAUUAAAGCUUUGAUAGAUCAAGAAGUGAAGAAUGGGAUUCCCUCACACAGAAUUAUCCUGGGGGGGUUUUCUCAGGGUGGAGCUUUAUCUCUCUACACGGCUCUGACAUCUCAGCAGAAGCUCGCCGGUGUGGUCGCUCUGAGCUGUUGGCUUCCCCUCCGUAAAUCCUUCCCUGAGGCGGCAGCCAACAGUGCUAACAAGGACAUGCAUGUCCUACAAUGCCACGGGGAAGCUGACAACUUGGUCCCGUUUAUGUUUGGUGUCCAGACGGCAGAGAAGAUGAAAAGCCUCAUCAACCCGUCCAACAUCACCUUUAAAUCGUACCGGGGCCUACCUCACAGUGUGCGCCCAGAGGAAUUGAUUGACGUCAAGCAGUUCAUAGAGAAGCAGCUUCCUGACAUCAGCGAUGAGUGAAGAAAGAGUGCCCCCCCCACUCACCUACUCGGUACUGUUCGAGUCUGAAUCUGUGAGAUUCGCUGGACUUUACAACCAUGGACCUGACAGUAAAUCUGCUGCUACUCCAUAGACCAUGUGGCCCUGGCAGUUCCUGUUAGUCUGCAACAGGAGGCAAUGCUGCAAACGCACUGGAGCCACAGACUCAACCCUGUGCAACAGUAGAGGGACGCUAGGAGCUUGAUUGCAAAGCAUGUUGCCACUGAGACUUUUUUUGUAGGAACCAUAUGUAUUAAAAUAACUAGGGCUAAACUUUUGAGUUAAAUACUCAAACCUCUUACAAUAAAUUAUGUAUUGUAAAAAGCUGUUGUAUUUCAAAUAUGUUUUUUAUUAGUAGCAUAUUUAAUGAUCUGAGUAUUAUUAGUAAAACUGCCUUGUUUCUAGAGAUGCACUGACCAGGCAUUUCCUGGGUGAUAUCAAUUCUCCUCAAGGUCUUACAUUUGUAUUUCAUUUUUUUAUUUCAUUUAAGUUAGUUUGGUCUCUUUGGACUUUAAAGUCUAAUCCAUAAGUUUACAAAAUGGUUGAGGGAGGAGGUUUGAGAGGGUAAUUAGCAUGCUUUAAUCUGUGGGUUCAUGGUACUAAUGACAUACCAUAUUGGGGUAGGUUAGAGGGUAGAAUGUUGUCCUUGUAAUCUGAAAAGUCUGGGAUGAUUCCAGUUCAUUUCUGCCAGAGGUUCCCGGCCGAACCCUGCAUACGGGUGCGCGAUUGUGAGGCGAUUGGUUCUUGUUUUAAGUGAACAGUGCGACAAAAAAAAGUCUUCAGUAAAUUCCAUUUAUUUACCACUUCUGUCCAAGUUUUAACCUUCCGACUAAAACUUUCACUCUAAGAGGAUACUUGCCACCCAUUCUAGAAGAGGAAAUGGAAAUAUCCAUUUAUAAAACAAAGUGAAGAAUUGUGUCCUUUAUGCUUAACUCAUCCCUGAGGGAGCCUUGGGCAGCUGCACUUAUUAACACACAGGGACCAUUGUGAGGUUUAAAGUAUUGCCCAGGGAUCCAGAAUGACAUUCUGAGGUCUGAGAGACAGACACUCCGCUCUAUAAACACUAAACCACCACUUAGAUUCUAGAACGGCUUACUGCCAUGUGAGCUAGAUUGACCUACUUGGCCAGAUUGACAAGAUCUGCAUUUUAAAAGCUAAAAACAUUCCACCAACUGUUAAGCAUGGUGGUGGCAGAAUCAUACUGUGGGGACUACUCAAAGUCCAUCAGUGUCUCAAAUCAACAGUUGGAGGACUGAAAGCUGAACAGUGUGAAUUAUUCCAAACACAUCCUAAUUAUUGUUCGUUCAUUUAUCAUAAAUUAUUCAGUUUAUCAUCCAAACUACUUUUGAAAGAGAAUAAGCAGGCCAACAUUAGGUUUCUGGACCUUAACCCUAUAGUAAAAAAUUCAAUUAUAGAUAAUGUCUGAGCCGGUGCUUGACAAAGUGUAAUCAGCUAGGCAGAUUCUGCCAUGAAAAGAGGUAAAAUAAGACAGAAUGAGACUAGAAGCUUGUUGGUGGCUACACACUCCAUGUAGUCAAGGUAAAACCUGAUUAAACAAAAUUGAAUCAAAAGGGUAAGAAGGUGUAUCUCAAAUCCAAGCCAGCUGUCCUGAAAAAAAAA